ACUCCUCGGCUCACUUCUCACAGCUCACACAGGGGGAGCGAGCAUGAGAGAGCAGAUGGAGGAAAGGGGAAUGGGGGUGGCGCCAGGGCUGGAGACGGAGCUGGUCUCGAUCCCGGCGACCCCGCGGGGAGUCUCGACGCCGGAGACUGUGACACCGACGGGCCUGCGGUCGCCGCGACCGCCGGGUGGCGCGUCAGUAGCCGGGGCCGGGGCCGCCGGCUCCAACUCGGCCAAGUCGUGGACGCCGACGCCGGCGAUGAUAUCGCCGCGGUUUCUGAGCCCGUCCAUCUCGUCGGCGGUGGGGACGCCCAUGAAGCGCGUGCUGGUGAACCUGAGGGGAUACCUGGAGGAGGUAGGCCACCUGACGAAGCUUAACCCCCAGGAUGCCUGGCUCCCCAUCACCGAGUCCCGCAACGGCAACGCCCACUACGCUGCCUUCCACAAUCUCAACGCCGGCAUCGGUUUCCAGGCCCUCCUCCUUCCCGUCGCCUUCGCCUUCCUCGGAUGGAGCUGGGGCAUUGUAGCUCUGACCAUUGCUUACAUCUGGCAACUUUACACACUCUGGAUUCUCGUCAAGCUACAUGAAGCCAUGCCCGGAAGAAGAUACAACAGAUAUGUGGAGCUUGCGCAGGCUGCAUUUGGAGAAAGGUUAGGUGUCUGGCUCGCUUUAUUCCCAACAGUUUACUUAUCGGCAGGGACUGCAACGGCAUUGAUUCUGAUCGGAGGGGAAACCAUGAAGAUGUUUUUCCAGAUAGUCUGCGGACCCCUUUGUUCAUCAAACCCACUUUCAACUGUCGAGUGGUAUCUCGUGUUUACAAUCUUGUGCAUUGUCCUGUCUCAGCUCCCAAACCUCAAUUCCAUUGCUGGGCUCUCACUUAUUGGAGCAGUAACAGCAAUCACUUAUGCUACUAUGGCUUGGCUUCUCUCUGUCAGCCAAGAAAGACCACCUUCCAUCUCUUAUCAGCCAAUGGCAUCACCUUCUUUCGGUGCAGCAGCUUUUUCAAUCUUAAAUGCCCUUGGCAUUAUAGCAUUUGCGUUCAGAGGACACAAUCUCGCAUUAGAAAUUCAGGCAACGAUGCCAUCGACCUUUAAACAUCCAGCACAUGUUCCAAUGUGGAGGGGAGCUAAGGUUGCUUAUCUUCUGAUAGCCAUGUGCUUAUUUCCUAUUGCCAUUGGAGGCUUCUGGGCGUAUGGUGACCUUAUGCCAGCAGGAGGAAUGCUGAAUGCUCUUUACGCAUUUCACAGCCAUGACAUCCCCAGGGGGCUUCUGGCAACAACUUUUCUCCUGGUUGUGUUCAAUUGCCUCAGUAGCUUCCAGAUAUACUCCAUGCCUGUGUUUGACAGCUUCGAAGCAGGUUAUACCAGCAGAACAAAUCGACCCUGCUCGGUUUGGGUCCGAUCCGGCUUCCGAGUCUUCUAUGGCUUUAUCUCAUUCUUCAUUGGAGUAGCACUUCCUUUCCUCUCCAGCCUUGCAGGCCUCUUGGGUGGUCUCACUCUCCCUGUCACCUUUGCUUACCCUUGUUUCAUGUGGAUUCGCAUCAAGAAGCCUGAAAGAUUUAGCUUCAACUGGUAUCUUAACUGGAGCCUUGGCAUCAUGGGCAUAGCUUUCAGCUUAGCCUUCUCCAUGGGAGGUGUUUGGAGCAUGGUGAACAGCGGGCUCAAGCUCAAGUUCUUUAAGCCUAACUAAGCUCCUAAAGAUUUCCAUAUAUGACACAGUUCUACGAGCAUCACAAGAAACCUCAAGUUUGCUGUCCUCCACAAGGUUUUCAAGGACAUAAUGUUGUGCAUGUAUCUCGUAAUCUAUUACUAAGUUGUGAUGGAUAUUUCUUUAUGAGGCCAUUGCUUGAUGAAUCUCA